GCGGGGCGCAGCUCAGCCCUGCCCGCCUUCUUCCUUCCUUCCGCCGCGACGCCGCCAUGGUGGGGAAGGUCAAGCGCCCGCGGCUGCACCGCGCCGCCCCCCGGCCCUGGCCCGCCAAGGAUCCGCUGCCACUGCCCGAGCCCCAGCCCCAGCCCGGCCGCGGCCUCGGCCUCGGCCUCGGCGGCUGGAAUGCGGCGGCGGGCAAGGACUGGGACUUCUCAUCUUCUGGUGUCUUUUCCGGGCUGAAGAUUGACCCUGAUACUCUUGUCAAGAAGCUUGACUUGGACUCCAGAAGCAUCAUUUCCUCCAGAACAGGUGUAGAAGAAAAAACAGUUCUUUCCAAAAAAGAGAAAAUGAAGCUGAGGAAGGAAAGGUGGCUACAGAAAAUAGAGAGCGUGAAGUUAGCCAAGCAGAAGCAAAAAGCCGAAGCGAAGCGGAAAGCAACACCCGUGGUGGGAGACAUGCAGCCACUGAUGGAAGCCCUGCCCGAGCUCUCUGACCUGACCACUGGUGGCAGGGGCAGGAAGCCACCCAAGAGCUGUGUAAAAGCAAAGGCAGAGCCAGCAGACUUCUGUCUGAUGAAGCAAGCUCAGAAAUGCCAGCUCUUAGAGGAGGAAGUGGCUCGGUUUCACGAGGUCAUCGCCAAUCCCACCUACAGAGCCAACCCCCUCAUGGCCAUCACUGAGCAUCUCUCCAAGAGGCUGAGGCAGGAGGAAGGAGAGAGUCUCUAAUGCUCUGUUGAGAUGGUUCAAGACCCCCAGCCCUCGAGCCCAGAAGGCUGUUGGAGAUCUGUGUAAAGACCAAUGCUGCUGUUCAGAGACAUUGUUUUAUGUGAGAACUUUAGCUUUGGAAUAAACACAUUUUCAUGUAAUA